AUAAAAAUACAAGUAUACAAAUAUUGUCUCAACAUAAAGCUUCUCGUAAUACAUUCAUAGCUCAUAACAAUAAUAAUAUAACACACUCCGGUUAGUUAGUUAUCAGAGGAAAUCCGAAACCGAUGAACGAUCCACGUUCAAACCCUAAAAGGGUUUCUUUGAGAUGGGAUUGAGUAGAACUGAAAUCAAGUUGAAAAGAUUGCUAGCAGCUGCUCCACACCAACAAAAUAAGCUCAAACUUAUGCAUUAUGUUGCUACCUUGAGAGAACAGCUGGAAGAGAUUGCUUUAGAGCGAACUCCAGAAGGAUUUCCGAGAGUUUCAAAAGCUUUGGUGAAUGAUUACUCUCAGAAAAUUGAAGCCAUUGCAGCAAAUCUGGCUAGUCCUGUGUCGGAUGCUGUAGCAUUCCGUGAGCUGAGAGUUGAUACGUCUGUCAAGGAAAACAUUAAUAAUAAAAAAGAAGACGAAAGUAUUACCUCCCCUGGUCUAAGAAGAAGACUUGUAUCCUCAUCAUCGUUUAGAGGCCAAGAUACUUCGGAAUCAUCUGAUUCAUCUCCUGUCAAAUUGGAUGCUGCAGCACAAACACAUAUAUCAAAACACAGGAAGCUUCAAGAAGAUUUAACGGAUGAAAUGGUAGUUUUGGCACGACAACUCAAAGAGAACAGUCUCAAGAUGAACAAAUCCAUACAAAACACCGAAAGAAUUCUUGAUUCAACUGAAAAAGCAGUUGAGCAUAGUUUAGCUACCACAGGGCGAGUCAAUACACGAGCUACAGCUAUGUACUCCGAGAGUUUCAAGACUUCAUGCUUUACAUGGUUUGUGAUGUUUGUAAUGCUUUGCGUCUUUGUCAUGGUGGUUCUUCUAAUUAAAGUGACUUGAAGCAUUUUUCUAAACCGUUACGGGUCAUGUUGGUUUACGUCUUGGAUGUUUUGUGAUCGAUGAACACAUUUGCAAACACAUAAAUGAUUCUAUUUUCAGAUUUCAGAA